UAGGUGCCGUUCCUUUUCCCUUUCCCCGCGACGGAUUUUGAGGACUCGCCCGCCGCCGCCCGCUCCCGCCUGCGGGGAGCCGAUCCCGCGCCUGAGCGCAGCCAUGUCGAUUCGUUCUCUCGUCGCCUCCAGGCUCGCCAGGUCCGGCCACGCCCUCCCCGCGGCCACCGCCGCGACCAUCUCCCAGGCGCCCAGGGCCCAGCACGCCGCGUCUCCGCUGCUCUCGGGGACUCGUGCUUUCAGCUCAAGGGCUCUAUGGAAGGGGGCGUUCGUCGAUGCGUUCCUGCAAAGAAUUAAGAACAAUAGGGAGAAUCUGAACGGCAGGAAGAUCUGGUCCCGCAGGUCCUCCAUCCUGCCGGAGUUCGUCGGUUCCUCCGUGCUCAUCUACAACGGCAAGACACAUGUCCGUUGCAAGAUCACCGAAGGCAAGGUCGGCCAUAAGCUCGGGGAGUUUGCUUUCACGCGCAGACGGAGGCCUCAUCGGGCCAUCACGGGGAAGGCCGGCGGUCAAGGAAAGGGCAAGAAGAAGUAAGAAAAGGGAAUGUGCUGCGUCAAAGGUGAGAUUACGAUAUUGUUGUUAGAAAUGAAUUUGGAUAUCAGCUUAUAUAUACUGCACAAAGUUUACCCGCAGCAUUGUUUGUAAGGCUCUUUUGUUAUCCUGAAAUUUCCUUCCUUCAGUUGCAGGCGGAAAUUAUAAAGUGAAUUCUCCUUGCUGUGCAAUUGAGUUGUGAAUAGUGAGCUACAUCUCUUUGUAAACUGUAUGUGAUAUGUCAGACUAUGUAUGUGAUGUGCAUCUACGGUUGCAAAGAUCAUGGGGCCUUUCUAGACAAUACUUACUCUUUGUCACUUGCCCAGCUGUUUAUCUCACUUUGUUCAUAACUGUUGAGGUGGGUUCAAGGACGGUGGGAUGAGGGCGUAGUUGAAGCACAAGCACUUGAAUCACUUGAAUUUUCUGGACUGCGUUUUCUUAGAAGAAGAAUAACUAUAGCAGAAUGGUUAGCUCAUCUUACUUGAAGAUUUUCCAUGGACUCUGUUUACUCUGCUAGUGGUUCCAGCAUAACUCUAGAGUGCAUCUAUUCACAGAAGACACUGCUCUUAUGUUUUUUUUGGCCUUACUGAGGUCUGAUGCCACAACUUGCCAAGUGUCUUUGCACCUGGUUAACCAGUGAUUGUAAGUUCUGCUUCAAAGGUUGUUUUCAGCCAAAUAGUGAUGUGUAUCUUGCUA